AUGUCUUAUAUCGGCCGCUGCAACUGCGAAAGCAUCCGCGUCACUCUGCCCGAGAAACCUCCCACCUCGAGCAUCUGCCAAUGCACAAACUGCAAGAGAUCCAGCGGCGGUGUCUGCUCGAUCCACUACAUGGUCGACGAGGCCGACAUCAAGCUCGAAGAUCCAUCAUCCGCACUCAAGACCUACAACGAUCCUAGAUCCCUUUCCGGCAAUGUGGUCCGCGUACAAACAAUCGGAAUGUUUGCUAACAAGAAUAGUCCCAUCAUGUCAAAUUCGCCCAAAGCGCCUGGGAAGGCGUUCGUCAAGGCGGCGCUCUUCGAUAUGGUCUCCCCCCCGGGAAGAAUGGUCUUCAAUGAGAAGCAGCCGGAGUGGUUGAAGUUUCUGGAUCAGAGCGGGAAGCCGAUCUGA